ACCAUAUCAUAUGAAUGAAUCGAAUAAUUGUUGUGGAACUCCGAACUGAAAGCAGCAUCGUAAUUUCAGAGAACAAUGAGAGGCAAACUGGCGGCUUCAAGUUCAAGAUCAUCAAACCUAGCCCUUUUGCUAAACCCCAAAACUCGAACAAAUCAUCAAUCCCCGUCGCUCCUCCGCCGCCUCUCCGCCGAGGCCACUCACCCAACACCUCCGGAGCCACAGCCACCAAAUUUUUCGACGCUUACGACCCAGGUCAUCUCUCUCCUGCAAACUCACGACAACGAUUGGGGCAACAACGAUGAGCUCCGACGACUUCUGUUCUGCUCUAGCGAUUCCACUCGAUCCCCUCCCUUUCUCUACAAGAUCACCCAUAGUUUGGGCACCGCCAGCAAAGCCCUCAAUUUCUUUCACUUCCUUCGGACGAACUCCCCGUCGCCGCCGGACCCUUUAUCUUUAUCUUACGUAUUCCAAGCCAUAUUCCAGCUCGCUAGUUAUGAGCAACGAAACUCACACUCGGAGCUCUCCAAAUUGCUUUCGAUUUCUCAAGAGCACGGCGUUCCUCUUACGGUGAACUCCGCUACGCUUCUGGUCCGGUUCUUCAAUCGCGCAGGAAUGAUCGAAAAUUCACUUCUCGUGUACAAAGAGCUUGACACAGAUAAGCGAAAUACGAAUAUAAGCAAUGCGAUGUUGCUUUCUUUAUUGCGCGUUGGUAGAACCGAUUAUGCAUUCCAACUGCUCGAUGAAAUGCUUGUUCAGGAUGCUAAGUAUCCGCCUAAUGAUAAUACCGUGGAUAUUGUUAUGGCUGCGUUGUUGUGCAGGGAUAGGAACGGAAAGAGUGUGAGCGAUACAAAAAUAGUUGGGUUGGUUAAGAAAUUCUGUGAACAUGGCGCUUUUCCAUCUGCGGUGAGGCUUACUCAAUUGAUCACUAAGCUUGGUAGGAGCGGGGAGAAUGAUCUGGCUUGGGAUGCUUUACAUGAUGUGCUGAACUCGGGUGGCAACGUGGAAGCUUCUUCCUGUAAUGCGCUUUUGACAGUGUUGGCUAGACAGCAGCAUUUUCAGAAGGUGAACAAACUUUUAGCGGAGAUGAAGGAAAACGGUAUCCAGCCCAAUGUUAUAACAUUUGGAAUUCUGAUUAAUCACUUGUGCAAGUUCCAUAGGGUUGAUGAGGCUUUGGAGGUAUUUGAGAAGAUGAUUGGAGGUGGCGAAGCUGGUGAUUUUUCAGUUAAACCGGAUUCGAUCAUUUACAAUACUUUGAUCGAUGGACUGUGUAAGGUAGGGAGGCAGGGAGAGGGCCUGCAAUUGAUGGAACGGAUGAGGUUGCACCAAAAUGUUUCGCCUAAUCCUGUUACCUAUAAUUGCCUGAUUAAUGGGUUCUGCAAAGCUGGUGAAAUUGAAAAGGCCCUUGACCUUUUUGAGCAGAUGAACGAGGAGGGGGUGCCAUCAAAUGUGAUUACCCUUAACACUUUGGUUGAUGGUAUGUGUAAGUAUGGGCGAGUAAGUAGGGCAAUGGACUUCUUUCGUAAAAUGGCGGAGAAGGGUUUGAAGGGGAAUGCAGUUACUUACACAACCCUGAUUAAUGCCUUUUGCAAUGCCAACAAUAUCGAUAAGGCAAUGGGGUUGUUCAAUGAGAUGUCAGAAACUGAAUGUUCACCAGAUGCAAUUGUAUACUACACUUUGAUAUCUGGGCUAACGCAGUCUGGGAGGAUGGAUGAUGCUUGUUUCGUUGCAUCGCUUGCGAAAAAAGCUGGGUUCUGCUUGGACACUGUGAGCUACAAUACAAUGAUUGGUGGGUUCUGCAGGAAGAAUAAAUUGGAUAAAGCUUAUGACAUGCUCAAGGAGAUGGAGCAAGCUGGAGUGAAGCCUGAUUGCGUCACAUACAACACUUUGAUUUCAUAUUUCAGCAAGGCUGGGGAUCUGUUGACUGCCCAUAGAAUGAUGAAAAAUAUGGUUCGUGAUGGUCUUGUGCCUACUGUUGGUACUCAUGGAGCGCUUAUUCAUGCGCAUUGUUUGGCGGGCAAUCUUGACAAAGCAAUGGAGAUAUUUUGGGAUAUGAGUUCCGGUUUAAAGAUUACCCCGAACACUGUCAUAUAUAACAUGCUAAUUGACUCUUUCUGCAAGAACAAGAAAGUAGAAGUUGCUAUGUCUCUUAUGGAUGAUAUGAAAGUUAAGGGGGUGAGACCAAAUACCACCACAUAUAAUGCCAUGUUAAAAGGCCUUCAGGAAAUGAAUUGGUUGGAGAAAGCGUUUGAGCUUAUGGAUCAGAUGACUGAAACAGCCUGUAGUCCCGACUAUAUCACCAUGGAGAUUCUCACUAAUUGGCUUUCUGCUGUUGGCGAAACGGAAAAACUAAGAAGAUUUGUGCAAGGGUAUCAAGUUUCAGCCUCAGCAGCAUAGUUUGCUCGAUUGCAGCCAGGAGAAAAAUAUAUCACGCUUCUGUUCUUCUGAUUGAUUUGUCUGGUGAAUGGCAAGCUCAAGCUGAGUUGUUUCGAUCUAUAGGUGGAUGGAUUAUCUGCUUCUAUCAGACACCAGUGAUCUUCAAACGGAGCUGUAGUCCAAGAUUCUUGGUUCUGGUGGCUGUUUUCGCGGCCAAAAUUGAUGAAUUUCAUCCUGUGAAUGUGGGUUACAUUUUCUUUGUUAGGCAAGUUCUGAAAUUACUUUCAUUGGCAUUUUAACUUAGAUAAAUUGGAAUACUCUUCCGUAUGCAAGUUUGAGGUUAACUUUCACCUCUUCUUUAACUCGUCUCUCCUUUCAUUCCGAGCCUUACAUGGUGCUUAAGUGUACACAGUUGCUUUUGUGCUGGAAUUGUGGGUGGAUCGUCUGUGCUUAAGACCCCACAAGAAUUUUAUGAAAUCUAGUCGAAACCUAACCUCCCUCCCAACUUCUCCUCAAUGAUGAAUCAUUUUCCCCUCCGUUUACAAGUAAUUUGUUUUCUUGCCAUUUAGAUUGUUUUUAAGAUCGGUUGAUUUGGAAACAGUCAACUGACUGACCGAGCAAUGAAAGAAGAAUUUGCUUAGGAAUCACAAUCCAGAAAGUAUUGUCAAACAUUCUAUGUAAAGAUCCCCAUUGAUCGAAAAUUGGCCUGUGGGUCCUCUGUUCUUCAGUUUGUUCCACCCGGGAUUCCACGAGGAAACUUGGAUGGUGACAUCUUGAUCCAGAUCUAGAUGCAAUCCUCUUUGAUGCUUGCAAAACAGAAUCAUCACAUACCGGGAGUAUCGUGCACUAAAGACACUAGUAUAUAUAUUUUAUGGUCUAAACGCACGCAAAUAUGUAUAUAAACUCCCAACAAAUGAGUAGAGAAGAACUGAUCGUGAUGGUUGACAAUGAGGCUCUUUAGUGAUUGUUAUAUGACGCAUCCAGAGACGAAGUUGGAAUAAACAGCUUUUUUCCUCUACAAGGUUCACUGUAAUGGAACGGGGAAUUAUACCUUACUAGUACAGAACAUUGUAAUUGCAAGAUUCUUUUGUCAAUGUUAAAAACUCUCUCUCUCUCUUAACGGACGGAAACAUAAAGAAAAGUGAAUGUGAAGUAAAGCAUCUUCGUGGCCGGCCGUGUCAGGGAAUCACUUUUUCAGGAACUCACCCACCGCCAGCGGCGGUGGUUGUAGCAUUGUCGGCCAGCCAGGGAAAUGGCAAACUCUCCGGGAAACAUUCAGGCAAAGAAUCUCCGGCGGGCGAAGAGCCAGUGAGUUCCUCCAAACCUUCAAAGAAAUCAUCGCUGAUGGCCAUAUCAGAGACGCCAAAUUCAUCAUCUUCAUCUUCCAUAAAGUCAUCUCUGUCUUCUUUGUUCUCUGUCUUUUCCGUGGCCGGAGAAAGGCUCGCCGGCGAGGAGCAAGAGGGUUUAUUGGCGUCACUUUCUGUGACGGUCUGAGCGGCGACAGGCUUCUGACGGGUGCUUCCAGCGAGUGAGUUCCGGUGGGUGGGCAUAGGGUGGUUAUGCUCGGCGGUGUAGGUGACAAUGAACAUUCCCGGGUCGGAUCUGUUUCGCUCCACUUGUUUCCGGGCCAAACAACCCUUGGAGGUACUGCAUCUGUAAUAUCCUCUGUUCGCCCAUAAAAGAAAAUAAAAUAAAAAUGUAAGCAAAAGACCACAAACCCAACUACAAUUACUACUAAGUUGUUUCCGAAAGCAGAGCCACAACAUUUUUUGCUUGAAAAACCUUAACGCAAACAACAUUAAUCCAUACAGAUACAGUCAAAGAGCAAAAGAACUAGUUUCUAGAAGCAAAAGCAAAUUAAAUUUGCUUCAAACAGCAAGAUUUAAGCAAAAAAGAGGAGCAAGAGAAGAGAAGAGCUUUGAAAAAAUGGUUGAAAUCGAUCUUCAAAAAACCACCUUGGGUAUGGAGACCCUUUGAUGGGUUUUUGACCAUAUUUUCUCCACGACCACAUAUCAGAAGACAAACCCUCAGCCGGUACUUGACAAACCCUCUUCAGCUGGUUCUUCCUGCAAGAAAAAGACGAGCUCUCAGGUGAUGGGUGCAUGUUUCCCAAAUCUCUCUACUUUUUCUAAGCAAAAACAAGACCAUCGACAAAUUUACCUUUUCUUCGAUCUUGGAGGAUGUUUAACAGUGGCAGUGGUAGUAAUAUUACACGAAGAUGAAGAAGAAGAAGAAGUUCUAUCUAUUGGUCUAUAACCACAGAGAGGAAGCUUCUGCUGUUGUUUUAGUUGCGGCGGCGGCGGCGAAGGAUCUGGUAGUCCUCCAAGAACAGAGAGGGGGGAGAUGGGUUUGGAUUGUGGGGAGAGAGUUUGGAGGUUCGGAAGAAAGGGCUUGAACAAGUCUUGGAGCUCUUCAAUACUGCUCUUAAUGCCUCUUGCCUGACAUGGAUCUGGGCACAACAGACGGGCCAGAUCUUGCGGUGGGUAGCUGCCGGAGGGGGGAUGGACGACAUCUAGGCUGCAGGAAGCUGUAGCGGCGGCGGCACAGCCUCUGACCACCGCGUGGAGAUCCCAGUCAUCCGCCAUUAUCUGCUUCUGCCGUGAUUUCUUUCUUUGUUUGCUCUUCUAGUAACCAGUAAGAGAAAGAGGAAAAGAGAGGGGGAGGGAUAUAGAAGAACAAGUAGAAGAAGAAGGCGCUGACUUUUGGAAGUGGGAUAGAGAGAUGAAUUGAGUGCAAUUAUUAUUUUGUAGAAAGAGGAGAGAGAGUGCGGUUUGGGAAUUGUCAAAGGUUGGGCCGCGUUUGGCUGCUCCCUAGAUCCUAGUUCUCUGUUUCCAGUCUCGAAGCUGAACCAUUAUAAUUUUUCCUUUUAACCUGUGUUUUUUACUUUUUA